AUGGGGGACAUUUUCGACGGGCUCGCCGCGGCGGUUCUCAUCCAGAAGCUCAACGGCCGCGCUCUCUUCCCCCGCCUAAAGCACCUAGUGUGGAAACGGCCCUUCGAUGGCGCGGCAUCGACACUCCUCGUUCUUUGCCUGUCCCCCAUGCUGCGUAGUGUCUACCUUGAUCUUCUGGAGGGCGGCAUGGGGCGCUUCCGCCAUUCUUCGCGAACGGGACCUACGGCGGCCGAGUACGCCUACGGCACAGCGCUGCAGUUGAUACGCGCUCAUGCGCCGAAGGUUAACGACAUCCAGCUGUGGACGAGCGGCUUCUCGUGCUCCGUCGCUCGCCUGCGCGAGUUCGACAACCUGAGUGUCCUGACGUUACGCCAAGUCGUCGACGUUGCGCUGGUCUUCGACGUCUGCAGCUCUCUUCCCCUGCUGCGGAAGCUCGACAUGUAUGUGGCGCGCCCUGAUGGUCCUGGGCCGGACGCCGUUCCGCCACCCAUUCCCGAGUUCACUCACUCUGGCCUCACCUCUCUCGAGCUCAACGCCCCACCGCUGGUGGCCCUCGCUGCCCUGGAAGCGAUCCAUGCGCCAAGCCUCCGUUCCCUCGGGCUGCUCUUCGAGGCCUACGAAGACACCUGGAGGCGCUGCACGGAGCUCAUCGCGUCCCGCUUCGCGGACUCUCUGCGCCGCCUGGACCUGGAGGUCGAGGACUCGUACCAGGAUCCGGAUAUCCCCACCUCGCUCCACGACUGGUUCUCCCCGCUCUACGCCCUGCGCGACCUCCGCGUGGUCGGGAUCUCGUCGCACUUCGAGACCCGGUUCGCGAUCACCGCCAACGACGUGCAGGCGAUGGCGACGGCGUGGCCACAGCUCCGGGAGCUCCGUCUGCCCACGGUCCAGGACGAGCCGCUGCAGGAGCUGCCCAUCACUCUGCUUGAGGCGAUCGUCACGAGGUGUCUGCGAUUGAAGAUCCUCACUUUCCCCCUCCCCCAUCAUGCGCCGCUGGAAGCGGGCGGGGAAAUCCCUGCGCGCACGAUUCUUUUCGAUGAAGAUUUCGAGGACGACGAUGUCUAG